AUGCCACCUGGUGUCAUCUGCGGUAACACAGACAACGGUGCACUCGAGCUAAGAGGCAUUGUCGAGGAAAACAAGCGUGAAGAGAAGGCAGAGGAUCCCGCCAGCGGGGAGGAAAAGACCAAGGCGGAGAUGGGGAGCAAAACGUGGCGGGAGCUGGCAGGGGAGCUGAAGCUGUUCCUGUGGAACCGGGAGGAGAGGACCUGCCUGGGGAGGACAGCCGCCAGCUGGGGCUUGAUCCUCCUGUUCUACUUGGUCUUCUACACGUGCCUGGCGGGGAUGUUUGCCUUUUGCAUGACGAUGAAAGGAAAGCUGAGCCCACCCACACCCAGUCUGUCUUGUUUUCCAGGAGUGAUGAUUAGACCGUACCUGCACGGGUUCACCAUUGCCUUCAACGUGUCUGAGCGCAGCACGUGGCAGCCGUACGUGGACAGCAUGCACCGCUUCCUGGAAGCUUAUGACGACAAAGUUCAAGAAGAAAAGAAUAUCGAGUGCGUGGCGGGGCGAUACUUCAUCCAGGGGGGCCACGAGAGCGAGGAGAAGAAGGCCUGCCGCUUCAAGCGCUCCCUGUUGCAGAACUGCUCUGGGAUCGGGGAUCCGACGUUCGGCUACUCGAAGGGCCAGCCCUGCGUCCUGCUCAAGAUGAACCGGAUCAUCGGCUACCGACCGGGUGCUGGGAUCCCAGUCAGCGUGGACUGCAAAGUGCAGAAAAGCAAUGAGAGCGAUCUUAGAUCAGUGGACUUCUAUCCUGGAAACGGGACGUUUGAUCUCAUGUACUAUCCCUACUAUGGCAAGAUCACUCACGUCAACUAUACAUCCCCCCUGGUGGCUAUGCACUUCACAGAUGUGAAGAAGAAUAAUUUGGUCCCUAUUCAGUGCAGUCUGAAAGGGGAAGGUAUCAUCAACGAUGUUAAUAACGACCGCUUCCUGGGCCGAAUCAUCUUCACGCUCAGCAUUGGAAAGUAGCCACUACAAAUACUUAUGUCAGUCAGAGGCUUUUCCCUUUUCAAAGCCUAAAAGCCAGUAUUUUUUCUGUGAGGAAAACUAGACACAGGGAAAAUUUUAACUUAUUUUUGUUCAUAUUUAGGAAACAAAGGAGAUGUAAUUGAGCAAGGAACCACAUAUUUAAAGAUCUGAUGUAAAUUUUUACUAGCAAAAAUUAAAAGUUAUAUCCUAAGCAGAGAACCUGCUAUACCAUUUCAGUUUUAAUUUAAAAAGCCCUAGUAUCUGAACCCUAUUUUCAUAAGGUCAUUUUGAAAGGGACCCCUAUGGAAUGCAUUUUUCCUGGCUUUAUAUUUUAAUCUUUUACCAGAGUCUCACGUGCAUUUCUUGGCCAAAGCUAACAAGAUGGUAGUCUAUUAACGCUAUCAAAACAAAAAAAAAGCAAAAAUUCUGGAUUAUUCCCAAAUGAAAAUGGCAAAUCUCAGAAUACCUCCUAGGGUCUUUAGCACCGGGGCACCUUUGACUGCAGCAUUGUACGCUGCUUGUUCAGCGCGCGUUAAGGUGUUGGAGAAAAGACCACGCAGAGAAACAUUUGCUUUAGACUCUUUCCAGCUGUUCCCUUCUGAACUGGGAAGAUUAACGUGUUUCUCCCUCCUCCUCACUUCAGCAAGUGAGGUGGCUCCCUUCCCAGGCUGGAGGCUCCUCCUGCCCUGCUCAGACACAGAAGCGCCAGGGGAACUGGUCAGGCCUCGCCACACAUUCUAGGCCCAGUCUUCCCAAUCGCAGAGAGGCCACAGUUAUAACGCUCUACAAAAGCACAGGAAAAUGCUUAAUCGUGUUAUCCUUAAGGGGUCAGUGCAGAUCUCGGUGUAGGUCAUUAGUUUAUCAGCCCAGGAGGUGUGUGAAGGACAUUCACUGGAGCCAUCUCUCCCUUCUGUCGGGCCAGCCUGGCCCUCCCGGGCCACUCCUCAGCCUUGGGCCAAACAGAGAUUCCCACUGGCCUGGGUGGACGGGCCAGUGAGCAGCGAGAAACAUCCAGGCAGCAUUUCAGGCAACAAAGCAGUUCUUGUCUGGAGCAGGUCAAUCGUGGCUGAAGCACAGGGUGGAAAGCUGGAAGACUUGUGCUCUAACAGGUUUCCCAAUUCACCCCGGGGAAGCCAUCACUUUGCUCCCUUCCUUCAGCUCCCCAGUGGGGUUGUGUUAUCUCAGAGAGAGGUUACAAGGCUUAAUUUGUUGCCAGUAUCUAGAAAAUCCUUUGCUAUCUUUGUUUGAAAGUUCCCUAGAAGAGCAAAGCACGGUGGUGGUCUCAGUACCUACUACAGUAAAAUCCUCCAUUUCUAGACAUUUGAACUAUGGACACUUUAAAGUAGUUUCGAUUCUUUAGAAAAUGAAAUCUGUUUUUGAUAAUACACCUUCGUAUUUGAGCCACAGAUGAAAUAGACACUACAUGUUAUUAGUUCUGAGAACACAGCAGGAUAGUUUAGGAUACUGUAUUCACUGGAAAGCACAUUUACUAAAAUUGCUUACUGACUAAACAAGAGCAUUGCGGUGUUUGUCCCACGUCCCAGCUCAGAUACUUAAUCUGCCAUCAUUUCCUUAUCUAUAUCAAAGUCUAAGAAGUCAUUUUUGUAUUAAAAAUAAAGCUGACUACAGUAAAACUAAUUGUAUGCUUUCAUUCUUAGAACACUAGUGUAACAAAUAUAAUUUGUA